UGAAUGAAUUAAUUUCUGGAAUACUUUUCCACUUAACUCAUGAUUCAUUUCUUUGCUUUUCUUAUUGGAUUUCUACUACUGCAGAUAUUAAGUUGAUUACUAGGGUCAGAGAUUUCUUUCAUCUCAGCCAUGGCAAAUAGACUUCUGUUUGGCAACAGCACUGAAAUUGGAUUUUAUUGUAAACUCACCAAUGCCUAUUGCUUGGUUGGCACUGGAGGUUCCAAUAACUUCUACAGUGCAAUUGAGGCUGAACUAGAAGAUGCGAUCCCUAUCAUCAAAACCUCCGUUGGUGGUGGCUGUUCUGGUGUUGGUCGUUUUUGUAUUGGAAACAAAAAUGGGCUUCUCUUGCCCCAUACAACCACACUCGAAGAAUUGCUGCAUAUAAAAAGAAGUCUGCCUGAUGGAGUUGCUCUUCAGCUCAUGCAAGAAGAAUUGUGUGCUUCUUCAAGAUUUAUAGCAUGUAAUGACUAUGUGGCCCUUGCGCACGCCGAUCUUCACUCGGAUGCUAAGGAAUUAAUCACAGAUAUCCUUGGGAUAGAAGUUUUCAAGCCGGAAGAUUAUUAUAGUUUUUUUUCUGGAAGUUACUGUGCCUUAUCCAACAUAGGUGGUUUGAUCCACCCUCAUGCUUCCAAAGAAGUCUUGGAUGAACUUUCUGCAGCUCUUGGAGUUCCUUUUGAAACUGGGACCGUCAACCGAGGCAGCCAAGCUAUAGCUCCUGGCAUGACCGUAAAUGAUUGGACAGCCUUUUGUGGUUCAAGCACCACAAGAGCAGAGCUCUGUGUGAUUGAUAGAGUUUUCAAGCUGAGGGAACCAUUAUGAAUGUUGGAUGGGACGAGGAAAUUGCUCAUUAGUAGCUACAUUGAGUUUUGGUUUUAAUACACUCUUCAUCGUGAUGAUUUCCCGAAUGAUAUGGCAAGCUAAUGUCCCUUAGAUUUUAAAUUAAUUUGACCACCGCUUCACCAAAACAAAAUUUUAAGACCAACACGCCGUGAUUUCCGGCCAGGCAAACUUUCUUUUCGCGACCAUAUCGUGAUCAAAUU